AUGGCAUUCUACAAGACGAAGUCUAUAUGCAGUAGCCUCCAGGUUUUGACUUUUCCCACAAAUCUCUUGUCUGCAAACUUCACAAAGCCAUCUAUGGUCUUAAACAAGCCCCUCGGGCUUGGUAACAAUCUUGCAUCGUUGCAACAGCUUGUUACCAAGUUUCAUCAUGCUUUCUCCCUCACGGAUCUGAGUGUCCUUGACUAUGUCCUUGGAGUUGAGGUCAAACAACAACAUGAUGGGUCUAUUAUACUCACUAAAGCCAAGUAUAUUUGGGAUUUGCUAUCCAAAAAAAAUAUGUCUGAGGCAAAGCCUAUAUCCUCUCUUAUGUAUGCUUCUAUUACUAGACCUAAGAUAAGCUUUUCUUUAAACAAAGUCUACCAGUUUAUGAGUCAUCCUCUUAAGACCCACUGGGUGGCAGUUAAAAGGAUAUUGUGGUAUCUCAAGGGAACCAUCUCGUGGGGCUUGCAUCUCAAGCCUCCUUUUGCACCUAUUUUUAUCACAACUUUCUGUGAUGCUAAUUGGGCCUUUGAUCCAGAUGAUAGACGAUUGAACUUUGGCGCUUGUGUCUUCUUUGGCCCGAAUCUCAUCUCCUGGUGA